AUUGGUACGAGCCGGGGUUAGAACCCGCGACCUCCGGAAUGCAAGUCGCACGCUCUUACCGCUAGGUCACCAGCGCUUUUGUUGUGACGUUUGAUAAUUUAGUUAAUUACCGUUACAUACUGGGACGUCUUGACUCCGUUGUACGUAUAUGACAAGGUGGUAAAUAAAAUACAGAUUGUGAUCGUGUGUUUUGCGACCAGCUAUCUGCUCGCCAUGACACUUCACGACGGAGUGUCGACUUGCACCUAGUUCGCUCGCAAUCACACUUUUAUUGUGUAAACGUCACACAUACCAAACAGAUCAUGGUGCGACUUUGUCUGUCUGUUGUUUUGCCUUUUUUUAUUGUAGGAGAUAUUUUUCCUUUACUGAAAUUUGAACAUAAUGAUCACCAACACCACCAGUUCAUAGGCGAUCUCUAUCACUAAACUAAAAGGGCAAAAAAUGGUAAAAUGGUGUUAGAAAACAAUUGGCGGCUAAGCUGCUUUCAAGUGGGCGGCCAGCAGCUAGGGGCUGCAAAUAGGCGGUUAGGCGGAAGUGCGGACGUUAUUAAUGAAACCCAUAACUCAGGCGCAGCCAGCGCAUUUUUCUCCACACAGGAACUGGAAGGACGGCAGACGCCACUAAUUAACAAGAUUAGCAUAUUCCCUUGGAAAUGCCUUUUUUGUCCCCCCGACAAAAUGACUGUACGUAUGGAAAUGUCAGGAUUACUGCCAAAAUGGCGCUUCCGUAAAUAUUGUUGUUUGCAUCUGUUUAGUUGGACGAUUUGCUUUGUUUUUUUUUUUUUUUAAUUAUUAAUUAAAAACGUGCGUGGCAGCAGUUGCGUUCACUGAAAAAAAAAAAAUCUAUCGAGCACACAUUAAAGUGAUUUUCAUUAAGAUUAAUUGUUUUUUACUUUAUCAACAAAUGUUUGAAAACAGUUAAAUAAAAAAAAAACAGUUCCGCCGCAAAAUUACUCUGUUACAUAUGUGUCAGUAAUUUUACUAAUUAUUUUUAUUAGUGAUAUUGUACUUUUAUAAAAAUAACCACGCCUAUCAAUAAUAAAAUAACUAUUUGUUUACAUUGUGUUAUUUGUAUUUUAUUUUAUUACUAUUAGUUCUUCCUAUAGAUAUUAUUUAUGGCUGUGCGCCGACCACAUGAUUUGUAUGUCAGUAUAUACAGGUAUAAUGGUGCACUGUUAUACUGUCUAAUGUUACGUUUUGCCGCCCUUUAGGAUCUAUUUUGCGCUUUUAUACAUAUACACAUACCACAUAUUAGUACACACACAAACAUACACAUUGACUUCACAUACACUUUGUAUCCAAAUCCUUUUGCAUAUAAAAUUAGUACUUAAGUUUAUAACAUAGCCUUGUCAUACUUUGCCAUAGCCUUUAAUUUAUUUCUUCUUUCUUUACUGUAUACACUCAAACACAUGGGAUGUCCAACUAUGACAUCAUGGACCGCGGGCUGAAGGGGAGAAGGAUACCUUGCCGUAAUACAGUAUAAACUAGUACGGAAGGUAGCUUGCUUUCGCUAUACCUUGCACAUUCAUAUAAGUAUAAAUAUAUAUAUCCAUAUGUAUAGCAAUUUAUGUACCUAUGCUAUGUUCCUAUGUAAAAUAAGCAAUAAAGAUAUUGAUUGAUUGAUUGAUAAUUUAAUUAAAAAUAAUCCUCAUAAAAUUGUUCCAGUAACGCACGAGUUUAUCGGAACCGGACAAACAAAGAUUUUGCCACAGACAUAGCUUUAUAAUUAUUAUAAGUACAGAAAAAUCAUGACCACGAAAUUAUCAGAGUAAGCUGAUAAACAUCUGUAACGUUCAUGUGCAAGUAAUUGCAGCACCAUUCCAUCGAUGCGAAUUGUCGGUUAAAGUUUUCCCAAUACCGGAAAACAUCGUGAUACGAGCGCGGCGGAUGUCCGCCAUCCUACCAUCGAUGCCGCGAUAUCCACGCCACCCAAUACAUCCGGCACCAUUCGAAUAAAUCACGCCAAUCUAUGUUUAAUUGAGAUUCCGUUUUUAAUUUUAGUCCUCAUUGAAAGUAUUAACGCAAUCGCGAUAUGAUCAAACGAUUUAUUUCCACCUAGCUCAUACCUAGUCUGUCAGAUUGGUUUCUUUAUCGUAGCACACGUUCGCUCAAGCAUGUACAGAUAAGAGCACUAGUUUAUCGUGUUCGUUGCGCACUAUCGUGACCUCUUUACUUCAUUUUCUUAAUAAAGUAGUCUGCUCCGCUUGCGCUAAAGUGAGACGACGCGUGUGCGUGCACUGUGUGCAGAUUUAAAAUGUACUAUUUAAUAAUAGCCGCUAUUGCGGUUCUAGUGUUCACUUAUAAAAUAUAUCAGAAACUUACAUGUGCAAUUUGCCGGUCGAGCGCUCACAUGGUCGGCAAGGUAGUGAUUGUGACGGGUGGGAAUAGUGGUAUAGGAUUAGAGACGGCGAAAAAUUUAGCAGAGAGAGGAGCGCGAGUGAUCCUCGCGUGUCGAAGUGCUCGCCGUGCCCUGGCUGCCAAAGAAGAAAUCAUCAAAUUAUCCGGGAAUACCGACGUGCACUACGUACCGUUAGAUUUGUCAUCCUUUCGCUCUGUAAAGGAAUUUAGUGAGCACAUACAAAAGACGGAGAAACGUAUCGACGUUCUGAUUAACAAUGCGGGCGCCGGGGGACUCGGUAACUACAAAACCGAAGACGGUCUCCACGUCGGCAUGCAAGUCAAUUAUUUUGGACCUUUUCUCCUGACCUGCUUGUUACUACCGAAGCUGAAAGCCUCAGCGCCGAGUCGAAUCAUAAAUCUAUCUUCCAUUAUUCACAAGUACGGCUUAAUGGAUUUCGAUAACCUUAACAUGGAAAAAUACUGGAGUGAUUACCUGGUGUAUGCGAAUAGUAAAUUGUAUACUAAUUUGAUGACGUUGGAGUUGAGCGAGAGGCUGCGAGGCACCGAAGUGACCGUGAACGCCGUGCACCCGGGUAUCGCAGCGACGAAUAUAUUUCGAAAUAUACCGAUUGCGAUCGUGCGUACUGUGGUCGAGAAGGGAAUAGGGUUUAUGUUCCAGAGUCCGGUGGAAGCGUCGCAAACCGUUAUCCACCUGGCGGUGUCGCCCGAGGUGAGCGGGGUCAGUGGCCGCUAUUUCAGUAACUGUCAACAGAAACAACCGUCUAAGAUUUCACAGGAUCUAGAUAUUGCGAAGAAACUUUGGACACAUUCCGCAAGAUUAGUCAAAUAUUCUGAGACAGACUGAUUCAAUUAGUGUUCCAAGUUAUGGUUAAUAUAAGUAGGAACUAUGUGGUUCAAAGAGUAGUGUUAAUACGACUUUAUUAUCAAAUAUAAAAUUAUUAGGAGUAAAGUGAAACUGAAUACAAGAAUCGAUAUUCAUAUAAUUUAUUAUUUCAGUAUAGGGAUAGUAGGGGAAGGGUCCCUUGGAAGUUGGUUGUGAGAAGUAGGUAUAAGUUUUCAGAAAACUUUGUACCCACUCAGCGUGAGUUUUGUGACGAUAAUUAUUACAAUGAAAAAAAAAAAGGCAAAUGGUUGAUUCCCAUAAAGAUUUCAUGCUUAAUUGUCGUCACAAAACUAACAGCGAUUAAAGUACUCACUCUAAUUGGGUACACUAUACUACUUAAUAAGAGUUUUGAUAAUUAUGUACGUAAAUGUAUACAUUAAGUAUGUACUUACAUUAAAAACAUACCAUCCAAGCAAAGGCCAUGCCUGGAUAAGCUAAAUGAAUCUGCCCCCAGCGAGUUUUGACUUGUAUUUUUUGUGAUGAUAUUAUAUUAGUAGCAAGUAUGCAAAAUAUCAGCCCCCCAAACGUUAUAGAUUUUGUAAAAAAAAAUCUUUCUUCAAUACUUUUUUUCUAGCGAGCCGAUUCUGACGUGCGUCACAUAUAUUGUAAAGGCAAUUACAUAUACAACAUCAAUUAUAGAACACAUUGCGAUACAAAAAAAUAAGGCUCGCUAGAAAAAAAAAUAUUGUAGAAAGACCAUAUAUAUAUAUAUAUAUAUUAUUUUUACCAAAUUCCAUAACAUUUGGGAGGCUAAUAUUUUACAUACGUAUUGCUACUAAUGUAAAACCACAUCAUCAAAAAAAAUUACAAGCCAAAACUCAUAGGGGGCAGAUUCACAUAGCUUAUCCAGGCAUGGCCUUUAUAAAACUUGAUUUAUGAAAAUAAACGUUGUUUUAUAAGAACUAGUGUUGAUUGUAGAGUGGUUCUUAUAGAAACGUAAUUAUGAUUACCUUUUUGUGGUAAGAGGUCAACUCUAGAAGCGUAUAGUGUAUUUUUAGAAAUAAAAAUAAUGUCGGUCGGUGUUUGUAAUUCUAAAAUAAAAACAGGUUGAACAUUUUACACGACAAGUUGUACAAAUUGAUGUAUUGCUAAGUUCUGACAUAUUAGUUUUAUUAUGUAAGAACUGCUAGUUAUGGGAUUCAGGUCAGAUUAAUAUAAGGUAAUGGUUUUUACUGCUACAGGAUAGACAUGAUGCUUACGUAAAUGACAUUUUAUAAAUACAUCUAUCAGUUUAUACACAUUUGUUAUCUUAAAUAAAAAAAGAAACAUUAAAACGCCA